CACUCGGCAUUGUCGAAGAAGCUGAUGUAGCCUCCUCCGUCGUCAACUUGAUUCGCACUAAAACUGUAGCCAUCUCGCUUUCGUCACACGUCACAUAUUUCGCUUCAUCAAUCCCUUCAAACAGAAUAAUCAGUCUUCCCUCCAAGAUCCAUGGCGCUCCCUCUAGCGCCGGACUCGCAGCGCACGCGCGUCGUGUGUGGAGGUCUCACGUGGCCUGCAGUACGUGGCGCACGAUUGCUACGUGCGUUGACGUCCACUCAAGAAGAAGAAGGUCACGCGGCAGAAGAAGAAGGUCACUUCAUCACCGAUUUCCCGUAUGAAUUGGAGCUUUGUGUCCCAACUGCGGGUCACGUGGCCCUAGUAUUGGUGCACAAGCCCCCGGAGAUGCAAUUAAUUCCAGCUGUGACUCGCAGCAGCACUCAACCCGCUCCAGCAGCUCCACGCGUAGUUUACGUACUGGAUGCACUGCCUCCUUCACGUCGAGGAACUCGUGACAAUAAAGCCAAAUCAAGGAAAACUAAGACCCCGGGGACACAAUUACCUCCGCAGCAAGUGAACGAGUUGGAGCUGCUCCAAGAGCUCUUUGCACCUCAUACACGAGCCGCGGGGGGCAAAGAGGGCAGCGUUUUAAUCAAACCUCCCGUCAUGUGUGCCAGAUUCGACUGUCGAGUGGUUUCUAUCAGGUUUAUUCGCAGUGGAGGCAGUAUCCAACACCCUAAAAAGUCUCAGAGAGGACUAAAUGACUCCUCUUCGUCGUUUAACUCGUCUAGAGUUACUGGAACGGCCCCAUUAAGGUGUGUUGUGGCCAGAGAAGACGGCAUGGCGUUUCUGUGGGAAUGGCAGGCAGAUCUGUUCCAGUGGGUGUUUUUAAACAGGUUAUGCUUCUUAGAGAACCCAAAUCUCAAGUGGACGAGACCUGUAGCAGCCUUUACGACCACAGAUUUGCCAUUGGAGAGUGUUAGUGACAUUGGAAGUGGGAGGGGGUCUGGAUCCAGUGGCGCGACGGAGUUUGUGUGGUGGUCGACAGCUACGAAGCACGAGCCGAAGCUCAAGCUGCGACGAUUGCGCUUUGAACGCGCGACGGAUGCAUUGCGAGCUACUGAUGUGGUUGUGGGCAGUGCGUUUACUCCAAAGCCAGCGUGCGACGACGUUGUAAACCUGCUGAGCUCCAAACUCGGUCUUUUUGCGAUCUCCAAAACGCAUGGAGUUUUAUUUCGAAGCUCGACGGCUUCGUUACGGACUGUGGACUUGAGUUGGCACAAUAUUUUCGCCGGAAAUGAGGCUCCAGAGAUGUCACAGAUAGCGAUGUGUCUUCAUACCGUGACUGGAGAGCUCAUGAUGCUACACCGACAGACAGGAGAAGUUUAUCUCGUGACACCGAAGUCCAAGACCACCUCUUUAUCCAUGAACGAAGCAACUAACAGCGAUAAUGGAUCGUGUACGACGCUUUUCGCGCGAACGAUAACGACGUUGGCACUCUGGCAGCAGUCAAGUGAAGACCAGAACUUUGAAGUGCUGGACGUUGCAGCACAUCGUCACGUAUUCUUAAUACUGACUCGCAGAUUGAUUCGCAUAUACACGCUGAUCUCUGGCGACGUGCUUGAGACUGUAAAUUUGCCAGAUACGGUUACGAAUUCUCAGCAACGUGGUGGGAAGUUCAAGUUGUGGACCAUUGCAGGGAGUGCAAGUGCGGUAGGUCUAUGGGCUCCAGGUGGGUUUUGGACGAUCCGCUUGCCUCCAGCCAAGUCAGUUGCUAAAGCGCUGCAUCAGUCUCAGCCCGUGAAACAACCGAGCGAAAGUGAACAGAACCCCGAGGCAGCAUUCCUUGCUGUGAAGGACUAUGGCACAGGUGAUCUGCAUCUAGAAGCAGUACGUUACGCCCUUGAAGUAUUGGAACGUGUGACUCCUUCGGCGAUGGAUCCUACUCAAUGUCAUCCAGAGGCUUGGGAAGCCGUGUGGCACACUGUAUCUAGUCCUGCUUUACUCCUGGCUCUGCUCGAUAAUCGAGCUACGUCAGAGCAUGUUGUUCACGAGUUGGCUCAACAUGUUGCCGCGAUAUACAAAACUGCAAGUGGCAUCCGUUCCUACGGCCGAUUGGAUGGAGCUGGACAGAACGCUACAGCCAACGAGAAUCAUUUGCUUCGACUAACGCCUGCUAAUCUUGAGUCGCUCCACCAUCUCUCCAAUUGGAUUGUGCUCGCUAAGCGUAAAUUGGUGCGGUUAGAAGCUAGCGGUGAUAGCUUCAACGAAUCCACGGACGAUUCUCAUACCCGACCAAUUCGAGCAGCGAGUGACCUUACAAAUGUACUCGCUAACAAAGACGAUUUAUCGGCAGCUCAGGACGAGGGAUACGAUCUUCAACGAAAAGAUUCGAUGAUUGAUCCCGAAGAUGCGCGCAAUUUUCGACUAAGUCGAAAGCUACGUCCUAUGAGCAGUCUGCGUUUUGCUGCGGGAUGUAGCACCAGCUCAGAACGACAGGGUAAGCAGUGGCUGCUGCAGCUCGAGUCUUUUCUCUUGGGUGGUGUGGCUUUCAAGGAACAACAAUCCGGCGCGCGCCGUGCAGAGGCAACGCCCAGUCAUCUUUUGUUCCACAGUGAGCGGGUGUUGGCAGACUUCCGCCACGUUGCGGCAUCUUCGUUCUCCAAGCACAUGUACCUGGAAUCGAUGAGUCGUCUGUAUCUACUGUAUCAACCGGAGUCGCUACUUCCUUUCAUUCGCUGCGUCGAGCGCUUCUGCCCUCGGCUCUUCUCGUUAACUGGCCAACAACCUCUGGUUCGAUCACACGCAGAGCGAGCGCUGACGCUUUUCCCUCCGCUGGAGCUGUUUACGAACAAGGUGCUUGAAGGGGAAAAAAGCAAGACCGGACAAGCAGCAAAGGCCUCGCUGUUAGCGUACGUGGGUCUUGUAAGCUACUGCGGCCACCACACUGAAGCGUGUAGAGCGCUCUUACAAUGUCACCUUUAUGAUGAGAGCAAGGAGAAAUUCUUGCUGCUGCUGAAGAGCUCUCGAGAUGAACAGAGUCCUGGUGAAGACGAGCAAGAAGAGGAAGCCCAGGCCCGUAGUACGGCUUCAACCUCAAUCUACUUCAUGCUGCUGGAAUACUGCAUAAAACACCGUGAUGCUGCAGAGUUGAAGGUACUUUUGAUGCUCAAGCCAGCGCAUGUGGAUAUGUUGCAUGUACUACGAUCCCUCCGGACUACUUUUUCCAACCAACCACAGAAAAGUGAAGGAGCUUGUGCCACUGGUGUCACUGUAGGCGACUUGCGAUCGGUGUUGGUUGCUCUGAUGCAACAACGACGUAUCGGGGUGGCAAAGUGAUUUCAUAGUAGUGGUGGACGAGAAAAAAUGGCGUUUGUGUUAAGGAAGUAAGGAGCUAACAGUGGAGUAAGAUACCUUGAAUUUGUGCGGCUCUGAAGAUUUCCAGUGUUGGAGUGCAGUUGUGGGGGAAACAAGCAAGUAUUUUACCACCAGCAAGCGGAAGCAAAGCAAAGUUUGUUAUGGUUGUGAAAAAUACUUUGAAGCAGCUAACUACUCGUCAUGACAACGUUGAACUUGGAGAACGUCUCGUCCUUGGAGAAAAUGAACUUGAUGGUCUGUUCGAACAACCAUUUACGCUUUGGGCGACGCAGUUGCCUUGUAGGUCGUGUUGGGCAUCGGGAAGAGCUCGAGAGCGGUGCCGUUCAUUGGAGGUUUCACAUUGUCCGCUUCCUUCGCCUUCUCGUUUUCAGCACAGUGUGUUGGGCAGUGAUCAUCGUCAUGGUCGGUCUUGACAAUCAUCGGCUCAUCCAGUUUGUGGUGGUCCUUGUCAUCCGUCGGCUUUGACGUUGGGUAGUAUUUGUCCUCCGUGGGCUUCGGUGUGCGAUAGUGCUUGUCGUCUUCUGUCGGCUUCGGGUACUUAUCGUCCGUGGGCUUUGGAGUCGGGUAGUACUUUUCGUCGGUCGGCUUUGGAGUCGAGUAAUGCUUGUCGUUCUCGGUUGGCUUGGGAUAGUACUUUUCAUCGGUGGGCUUCGGCGUUGGGUAGUGUGUAGUCGGCCUCCGUGUCGAGUUUUUGGUGGGCUUCGGAGUCGAUCCGUGCUUGUCGUCUUCGUGGCUCUUGUCGUUGCAAGCAUUUUUGAAGGAACAGGCCAUCUUGUACGCGUUCAGCUUCACACCGGCGAACGACAGGUAGCAAUCCGCAGGCUCCAGUGCGAGAACGUCUUCGAUUAGCGAACGGCAGUCAUCGGAUGCACACAUGGCCUGAACUUGCGAGUCUGUCGGAUAGCCCUUUGGUGGGGCCAAGGAGAAACCAGCCGAGACUUUCUGGCACGGAUGCAGGUGUGGGUUAGCAUAAAGCUCAGCGAACUUCACGAUCUCAGUCGAAGGACAGGCGUCUUCAGCGGCUACGAAAGCCGAGAGCAGCAAGAAAAAAAUGCCGAUCUGCAUUGUUGCUUGAGUGGUCCAAAAGGUGACGAAGCUUGAAUUGUCUGGAACUGGUUGCCAAGUUGGAAGAAAAUUGGAGAAUGAGGACGAUAGCAGCGAGAGCUUCUCUCGCUGUAGCAUACCUUUCUUUGAGAAAGGUCGAUAUCACCGCCCCCUGUAUUCUCUUGCAACAAGAUGAAGAACUAUCAAACAUGAGAAGAGACAACGUACACGCAACCCAUAGCUGCACGUCAAGCCACAGCCAUAGUAAUUCAGCAUUAGGAAGAAGAGACAGACAUGGGUCGUAUUUAUCCAAGUCCAUCAAACAUACAGUAAAUCUCUCAGUUUUAAAAUGCAAACCCCUGUGGGGCAUCAAUCUCCUCA